AGUGCCCGGCCGUGCCGAGCGCCUCUUCCCGGCAGCGGCUGCCCCGACAGGAUGCCGGAGCGCCUCAGGCGAGGGCGGGCAGUGGAUCCCAGGGAGAGGAGCUGGGCACGGCGGGUUUGGUGUUUCCUUUCCGCGCUCACCUCCUUUUCCCUCGGUGACCCGCGCUUGAACCUGCAUCGGGAGGCUGAGACGGACUGCUGCCGGCAGCUCCUUCCUCCGCGGCCGGCAGAAAUACAAGCCGUGCCUUUCGAGGUGAGCCAGGGGACAGCGGAGGCUCAUCCGCCGAUGCGCCGGCGCAGCUUCGGCUCUUCUCGGGGGUCUCCGGGCUGCCCCAGCACGAGGGACCGUCCGCUCCGGCCGCCCCACGGUCCCGGUCCGGCAUCUCCCGGCUCCGGCUGCUACCUCGCCGUUCCCAACGACGGCGGCAGCGGGCGGGCAGGGAGCUCGGCAGAGUGCAUGCAGCACCGCGGAAGGCGGAAAUUCCUGCAGAUGAAACGCAGAAAAUACGGCUUCAUCUACAAGACUCACCUCUUUGGGCGGCCCACGGUACGGGUGAUGGGCGCCGAGAACGUGCGGCACAUCCUGCUGGGCGAGCACCGGCUCGUGUCCGUGCAGUGGCCCGCCUCGGUGCGGACCAUUCUGGGCUCGGGCUGCCUCUCCAACCUGCACAACGGGCAGCACAAGCACCGCAAAAAGGUGAUCAUGCGAGCCUUCUCCCGGGACGCCCUGCAGCACUACGUGCCCGUCAUCCAGGAGGAGGUGAGCGCCUGCCUGGCGCGGUGGCUGGGCGCCGCCGGGCCCUGCCUGCUCGUGUACCCCGAGGUGAAGCGCCUCAUGUUUCGCAUUGCCAUGAGAAUCCUGCUGGGCUUCCAGCCCCGCCAGGCCAGCCCUGACGGCGAGCAGCAGCUGGUCGAGGCCUUCGAGGAGAUGAUCCGCAACCUCUUCUCCCUGCCCAUCGAUGUGCCGUUCAGUGGGCUCUACCGGGGCUUGCGGGCACGCAACAUCAUCCAUGCCAAGAUUGAGGAGAACAUCCGUGCCAAGAUGGCCCGCAAGGAGCCUGAGGGUGGCUACAAGGAUGCGCUGCAGCUGCUGAUGGAACACACACAGGGUAACGGGGAGCAGCUCAACAUGCAGGAGCUGAAGGAGUCUGCCACAGAGUUGCUGUUCGGGGGCCAUGAAACCACUGCUAGUGCUGCCACGUCGCUGAUCGCCUUCCUAGGGCUCCACCACGAAGUGCUGCAGAAAGUGAGGAAAGAACUGCAGAUGAAGGGGUUACUGUGCAGCUCCAACCAAGAGAAGCAGCUGGACAUGGAGGUCUUGGAGCAGCUGAAGUACACAGGCUGUGUAAUCAAAGAGACCCUCAGGCUGAGCCCGCCUGUUCCCGGAGGAUUUCGGAUUGCGCUCAAGACCCUUGAGCUAAAUGGUUACCAGAUCCCUAAAGGUUGGAAUGUUAUUUACAGUAUCUGUGAUACACAUGAUGUGGCAGAUCUCUUUACCAACAAGGAAGAAUUUAACCCAGAUCGCUUCAUGUCUCCCUCUCCAGAGGAUUCCUCUAGGUUCAGUUUCAUUCCUUUUGGUGGGGGCUUGAGGAGCUGCGUGGGCAAAGAGUUUGCAAAAGUCCUUCUAAAAAUAUUUACAGUGGAGUUGGCUCGGAGCUGUGACUGGCAGCUGCUGAAUGGACCUCCUACAAUGAAAACGGGCCCCAUAGUGUACCCUGUGGACAAUCUGCCUACCAAAUUCAUAGGUUUCAGUGGCCAAAUCUGAGAGCUCAACACUCACCUCUGACUGGAUUUCUAUAUAGCAUUUAAUAUGUACAUAGUAACUUUUUAUAGUAACAAAGGCCUUUAAAUAUUUAAAACUUGUAAAUGUACAAUAGUUAUUUAUGUCUUCUAAAUAUUUCAAGAGGCUAUGAUAUUUUUUCCCCCAAGCACUACAAUUAUGGGUCUCUGAUUCAUAAUUAGAUAAUGUUAUUUCUAUAGAAAUAAGUUUCCCCCUAUUUAAAAAUAUAAUUGAGAGCUGGCUAGCUAAGCAUUUGAAGACAUUUCAGGAUGGUGUAUGUAUUAAGAAAUAUUCAAAAAGCAUUCAAAACAAUGGUGACUAGCUACUCAUCCAAAUUACCUGAAAUGGUUUUGUUUGAGAAUGUUUUCAGUGUUAUUUGUGUCUAGAUUGUAUGUUUAAUGUGUGAAUUUUAAGUUUGAUAAUAAAGUUUAUUUUUGAUGA